ACCAAAAAAAGAUAAAAACAAACAAUUGCCCAACGCAUCCACGGGGAGGGAGAACUUGGAAGAUUUUCAGCCGACGAACGCUAGGGUUUAACAGUCAUCAAUCUUCAAUUUGGCGGCUGCAAAGACAGUAAAUUCUUCUCCUUUUCCAAAAUUUACAACUUACGGUGAUCCAGAUCACAAGCAACAGACAUCCAACGUGUAUUUCCUUGGCAUUCGUUUCUAGGGUUUUAAAAUUGAUGCUCUUACAGGUUACACGAUCGAAACCCCAUCAAUUUCUAGCUUCCACUCUAGGUAAUCUUACAAAGCACUUCCAAUCUACAACCACAAAUACUAUGAAAGAAAUCAAAACAAAAAAACACACAAAUCCGUCAUCACCAUUGAAUCCAGAUACAAAAUGUUCUUCGAGUGUCAAAUCAACCCCAGAAAUCGAAAAGAAAUAUGUUCAUCGUGUAUAUGAUGCAAUUGCACCUCAUUUUAGUGCAACCCGGUUUGCGAAAUGGCCCAAAGUUUCAGCCUUUUUGAACAAUUUGCCAUCCGGGUCUGUGAUUCUAGAUGCAGGAUGUGGUAAUGGCAAGUAUCUCGGUUUGAAUCCCAAUUGUUUCUUCAUUGGUUGUGAUAUAAGCGCACCCCUUAUUCAGAUCUGUAGCGACAGAGGCCAUGAGGUUUUUGUAGCAGAUGCUGUGAAUCUUCCAUACCGAAGCUCAUUAGCAGAUGCUGCAAUUUCGAUUGCGGUUUUGCAUCAUCUUAGUACUGAAAGUAGGAGGAAGAAAGCCAUUGAAGAACUGGUUCGAACUGUGAAAAAGGGUGGGCAUGUUUUGAUCACUGUUUGGGCUGUCGAGCAAGAAGAUAGAUCUUUACUGAAUAAGUGGACCCCACUUACGGAUAAGUAUUUAGAAGAAUGGAUUGGACCAGGUAGUCCACGGAUUCGUAGCUCUUCUUCAGUCACCUUAGAAAGCAUUCCUGAAACUGAGGUGAGUGUUUCACAGGAAGAAGAGGAAUUUAAAGAUUUUGGUAAUCUGAGUUUAGGGGAAGAGGGAAUGGAAAGUGAAUUUAAAGAAGAUAGGGAAAGGGAAAGAGAAAGGCAACAGGAGUAUUUUGUGCCAUGGCAUUUGCCUUAUCAUAGAGCAGAAGUGAGUGGAGCUUCUGUAGGAGCAGUGGAGAAUGGUCUUGCAAGGAAAGAUGAUCAAAAGGGUGCAAUCGUCUAUGACAGAUAUUACCAUGUGUUUGGUGAAGGUGAACUUGAAAGGUUGGUUUGUGGCAUGAAGAAUGCAGUUAUUGUGGAUCAAUUUUUUGACAAGUCUAACUGGUGUGUCAUUCUCCAGAAAACUUCAUGUUAGAUCAUAUUCUGAUGCAUUUCUUGCUAAAAAAAGGUGUGAUCAAAAUGAAUGCAAAUCCACAACUUUUUUUUAGCAGUUUUGGUUUCCAGAUUUAUAUUCAAUGACUCCUGAUUUCAGGUGUAGCAUUCUGUAAUUUUUUGUGAACUUGUUAUAUUUAAAUGUAUUCGAAACUAGGCUUCUGUUGAAUGGAAAGGGUUAUCAACGUACAACUUUGAAUGUA